AUGGGGGACAAAUAUUCUCCACGUGAAGAUACUGUUUUCCAUUGUGCAACUCCUCUCCCCCAUUUGAACAAACAAACCCACACCCACAAAAAAACCCAAAUUUCUUUUCUGUUACAGAAAAAUGCAAAGGGACAGGAGUUGUUUGACCAGAUUGUAUAUCAUUUGGACCUUGUGGAAACUGAUUACUUUGGCCUACAAUUCAUGGAUGCUUCCCAGGUUACACACUGGUUGGACUAUUCAAAAUUCAUUAAGAAGCAAAUAAAAAUUGGACCUCCGUACACGUUGCACUUUCGAAUUAAGUACUAUUCAUCAGAACCAAACAACCUUCAUGAGGAGUUUACAAGGUACCUGUUUGUAUUACAGCUCCGACAAGACAUUCUUUCAGGGAAACUGAAAUGCCCGUAUGAAACUGCUGUUGAACUAGCAGCUCUGUGUCUUCAAGCUGAGCUGGGAGAGUGUGAGCACCCAGAGCACACACCAGAACUCGUGUCUGAAUUCAGGUUUGCACCAAACCAGACAAAAGCAAUGGAAUUUGACAUUUUUCAGAAAUGGAAAGAGCUUAGGGGGAAGAGCCCAGCGCAGGCCGAAUUGUGCUACUUGAACAAAGCUAAAUGGCUAGAAAUGUACGGUGUAGAUAUGCAUGUAGUUAAGGGAAGAGAUGGCUGUGAAUAUGCUCUUGGUCUCACACCAACAGGCAUAUUGAUCUUUGAAGGACCCAACAAAAUAGGCUUAUUCUUUUGGCCUAAAAUCACAAAAAUGGACUUUAAAAAGAGCAAACUAACACUUGUGGUUGUAGAAGAUGAUGAACAGGGCAGAGAGCAAGAGCACACAUUUGUUUUCCGGUUAGACAGUGCCAAAACGUGCAAACAUUUGUGGAAAUGUGCAGUGGAGCACCAUGCUUUCUUCAGAUUGCGAGCCCCAGCAAAUAGUAAAUCCAGUAGAUCCGACUUCAUAAGGCUGGGAUCACGCUUCAGAUUCAGUGGGCGGACAGAGUAUCAAGCAACACAUGGGACAAGAUUGCGCAGAACUAGUACGUUUGAAAGAAGGCCCAGCAAGCGAUAUCCUUCUCGAAGGCAUUCAACUUUUAAGGCAAACAAUCCUGUGAAAGCAGCACAGCUGUGUGCUAAAAAUACUCCUGAAGUCCAUAACUACCAGCCACAGUAUCAUCCUAAUAUACAUCCUCCUCAGCCACACUGGCAUCCACACACACCUGUGAAUGUAAGCUAUCCCUUGAACAACAGUGAUCUGCAUCAGUUCAACAUUGAGGAGAAUGGCGGAGCACCAUACGCCACAAAAAUGCCUGCAAGGCACCACCACCACCACCGCCAUCACCACCACCACGCAAAUUACGGCGCCCUGGCUCCUGACAGCAAAGACAUUGUUUCUGGAGUUCCAAACCCAAACAGUGACAGCAGUACGAAACUGAGCUCAGGACUUCCCCUUCUUUAUGAUGAAACUUCUCAUCUGAAGAAAAUAGAAACGGAGAGUGUGAAGGUAGUUGGACCAUGGCCAGCCCUGCACGUCAGCAUGAACAAGGGUGAAGACAAGAAAGUGUCUGAAAAGACUCUUCAUGCCCCUGUGUCACCUUCCUCUGUACCUGACCAUAUGAAGUGCAACAUCCUUAAAGCUCAAGUGGAAGCUGCUUUCAGAGUAGGCGCUCAGGCUGUGAAAGAAGAGACCUCUUUUGUAAAUCCCAGUAAGACCUCCAGCCUGCAGGAUCCUAAUGUAAGAAGUCCGGCUCCAGUGCGACCUGAAACUACGCCAUCAACUGGCCCUACAGAAAAGCAGGAGAUUAAAGUUUCUCGUGUGAGGAAGUUAACGAGGCAGUACAGUUUUGAUGAAGACGACCUUCCUCCAGCACUGGCAGCGGCAGCAGCAGUAUCAACACCUGUGUCUUCAGCAUCUCCCGGGUCACAAAAAACCUGUACGCCACAGACAUCAGAAGGACAAACACAGGUUUCGCCUGGUGGCAAGAGUUCCACAGAUGCUGGAAGUACAUUUGCUUUGGAGCCAGGUGACCUCCUGAUGGAUUUCACAGAGGCCACACCUAUGAGGUACUUGAUUUGUAUUUUUGCUUAA